AUGGCUGAUCCCUUGUCCAUCUCGGCGGCAGUUGUCCAGUUCUUGCAGGUUACCGUUCAACUUUGCCUAAAACUUCAUGGCUUUUGUGCGGACAUGCACGAUGUGCCGGAUAGACUGGGCAGCCUUGAGUCAGACCUCAAGCAACAGAUCCGGGUGGCUGAGAAUAUCCAGAGCCUGGUCUCUGGGACGUCGCCGGCUCUCAACUCAUCCUCCAUCGAUUCUCUACGGGCGAUUCUAGAUGAUUACUCCACAAAGAUGGACCAUCUUUUACGAAUAUUGGACUCGGUGAGCAGCAAAUCUCAUGACGGCUUCUUUAAGAGAAACUGGAACGCGUUGCGGGCCCUGGACAAGAAGAAUGCGAUGCUCUUAUGCUGCGAUCAGUUGGCACAGAAGAGAAGCCUCCUUUCUGUAUGGUUGGGCAAAGCCAACAUGAGCUCACUGGCAGAUGAGAGUCUCGAGUACACGAUAAAGGUCGUUCCCCCCACGUGGCUGCUCUCCCAUACGAUUCAUCUCAGUGUGGUCCUGCGGAAUUGGAGCAGCGGCAGAGAAUUCUCGAUUGCCCCAGUCGUUAUUGGCACAAGCAGAAUCGUCGAUCCCAAUACCUCGCCCGGUUUUCAAACGGUGCGGGCGUACGAGGAGCUCCAAGGAUUACAUCAUUUCCAAAACAUUACCAAAUUCAUGGAGUCUUUGGAGAAAUCACUACGGGGUGUACUCAGCGCCGGUCAAGGUUCUCCUCUCGACGAAGACCGAGAUGGUAAUACUCUUCUCUACGAGGUCAUUCGGCUAUACAUUGACCAUGCGCAGCAUAGCAAGAAAUAUUGGAUCACCAAAGCUACUGAGGUCGUUUCUCCCGUACAAUUCCUUCUGGAUAAUGGUGCGAAUCCAAAUGUCUUUUGCUCCUACAGUUCAAGCCGCUACGGAGCAAGUCGGGGUACGGCUCUGGACCUGUUCGCAGACAACUUAGUGAAUCCAGCGCGCAACUUUGCAGCACUAAAAGAAAUCGGAAGGUUAUUACUUGGGAAGCUGACUGAGGUGGAUGCCGAGAGCUCGAAACCACUUCGGACUGCUGCAAGAAUCGAUCCGGGUCAUCUGUCGCAGCAUUUCCAGGUUGAGAUGGAGGAGUUGCAACUAUUGCCCGAACAGAUUAAGGUAUGCGAAUACAAUGGAAUAGUACAGGCUAUUAUAGAGCGCGACGAGGCUGGGUUUCAAAAGGCGCUCGACAAUUGCGACUCUCAUCAUCAGUCCCCAGCUACCGGCCUCAGCGCCAUCCAUUUUUCAGUAACUUGGCCUAUGGCGCUCACUGCCCUUCUCCGGAUCGGUGUGGAUGUGAACGUCGAGGAUCACUAUCAUCGCUGUCCAAUACACCUUGCCGCAUCAUUGGGGGAAUCUGAAGCCGUCGACAUUCUACUGGAGGAUGACUGCGCCAUUUGGAGUCACUCCUCGCCUUCUUUACUGCGAGAAGCACUGCGGUCAAAAAAUGAAGAGAAUCGGGCCCGUAUUGUGAGCUCGGUCAUCACAGCAUAUAUUGACCGACAUGCCCGGUUCUUCGACCUGGCUCUAUCACUGCUCCCCCAGUCUUCGCCAGCUUUUGCAGAACUCGUUCCCGGAAUAUUCUGUGAAAACCUCGUUCCUCAAAUCCAGCAAGAAUUAAAUUGCCUUCAUUUCCGCAUCCCGCCUGCGCUGAAACUGAGUGCGGACGGUUCAAGCGUCUACGAGACGGCCGAUAUCGAUGCCCGUAGUCGCUUGACCGUCCAAAUGGCCGUGACACUCUGGGACGGUGGCUUUCGACAGAUCCACGAAUACUCUAAUCGAGGGACGACGCCACUUCUCGCAAGCUGGUACAAUGCUGACUUCGAAAUGAUCAAGUGGUUGAUUUCCAAGGGAGCCUCCCCGUUCUCCCGGCACGGGCAGACACAAGGAUCAGGUCUGCAUCUCUACGCUCACCGCCUCGGAUAUCCUGGCGCUUACUUCAAGCACGACGCAUCAGCUGUCUACUGCAACGAAGUUAUAAUUUCACAGCUUGAGCUAUGA